AUGGCAAGUCCAGGUGCUCCUGCUGUUGAUGCGGCACCCAGCGUGGUUCUGCCACUGUCUGGUGACCCGCCUCAAGCCGCGGAUCGCAACCCACCACUGCAGCUCUCGUCGUCGGAAGGAGAUGCAUUCAGGUCAAGGGAGGGGAGUCCGCGACAUAUUUUGCUCGACGCCGAACCCGGAGCACCUGGAGGCUCGCCACCCAGAGAUUUCUUUAUGUCCCCCACCAGCGAAAGGUUUGGCAACGCUGAUUUGCACCGUAAUGGCAGUACCUGGGACGGUGAACAACCUCUGCCUCCUCUGCCUCCAGUUCGUCUCAUGGAGCCUUCAAUCAGGCGGCAUAGAACCGUGGACACGCUCCCAAUGAUGGAGAGGAAGGAGGAGAAGCAGAAUGGCAUCGGCUUCACGGUCGGAGAACGCCUGCAGCCCACCAUAGACGUGGCUCUUGCUGAGCGAGACAAGUAUGUAUCAAAGGCGAAGAUGACUGGAUACGCCCUCAAUGCGGCUAUUGGAAUGCAAGUUCUCCUGGGUUCGUUAACCACUGGAUUAUCGGCUGUUGCGACGGCAGGGAGAUCAGCGGCGGUUCAGACGACGAUCCUUGGUGCCCUCUCGACCAUUGUCGCAUCAUACCUUGCCCGCGCACGAGGUUCAAACGAACCUGAACUCUCCAUCACGCGAACGAAAGACCUUGAACAAUUCAUUCGGGAAUGUCGGGCAUUUCAACUGGAUAACGGGCACUGUAAAGGGGAUCAAUACGACAAUAGGGGGAGUCAGAGUGGGCGAUUUUCGACGAUUCUGGGGCGAUUCUGA